AUGCAGUUGCAACUAGCAGGAACUGGGAACAUGGCUUCUGCAGCCGCAGCAGCACUCGUGAGCUGGGGGUUUCUGGAUUACAAGACAGAGAAAUAUGUGAUGACCAGGAACUGUCGGGUGGGCGUCUCUCAGAGGCUGCUGCAGCUGGGAGUGGUAGCCUACGUCAUAGGGUGGGCCCUCUUGGCCAAAAAAGGCUACCAGGAACGUGACUUGGACCCUCAGAUUUCUGUCAUCACCAAACUGAAGGGAGUUUCUGUAACCCAGCUUAAGGAGCUGGAUAACCGGCUGUGGGAUGUGGCUGACUUUGUGAAGCCAUCACAGGGAGAGAACGUGUUCUUCCUGGUGACCAACUUCCUCGUGACACCGGCUCAAGUCCAGGGCAGAUGCCCCGAGCAUCCUUCUGUUCCUCUGGCUAACUGCUGGGCUGAUGAAGACUGUCCUGAAGGGGAGACGGGGACACACAGCCAUGGCAUAAAAACUGGUCAGUGUGUGGUGUUCAACGGAACCCACAGGACCUGUGAGAUCUGGAGCUGGUGCCCAGUGGAGAGUGGUGCCGUGCCCAGGAAGCCUUUGCUAGCUCAGGCCAAGAACUUCACACUCUUCAUCAAAAAUACUGUAACCUUCAGCAAGUUCAACUUCUCCAGAACCAAUGCCUUAGAUACCUGGGACAACACCUAUUUCAAACAUUGUCUCUAUGACCCACUCUCCAGUCCGUACUGCCCAGUGUUCCGCAUCGGGGACCUUGUGGCCAUGGCUGGGGGGGACUUUGAGGACCUGGCAUUGCUGGGUGGUGCUGUGGGCAUCAGCGUUCACUGGGAUUGCAACCUGGACACGAAAGGCUCUGACUGUUGUCCCCAGUACUCCUUCCAGCUGCAGCAGAGGGGGUACAACUUCAGGACAGCCAAUCACUGGUGGGCAGCCUCAGGUGUGGAGGCCCGGAGCCUGCUCAAGCUUUAUGGGAUCCGUUUUGACAUUCUCGUCACCGGGCAGGCAGGGAAGUUUGCACUCAUUCCUACGGCCGUCACAGUGGGCACAGGAGCAGCUUGGCUGGGCAUGGUCACCUUCCUCUGUGACCUGCUGUUACUGUAUGUGGAUAGAGAGGCCGGUUUCUACUGGAGGACUAAAUAUGAAGAGGCAAGAGCCCCAAAGGUGACUACCAACAGUGCAUAGAUGAGCCAACUUUCUCACCUGCUAACCCUGCUAUGCUACCCAGGUGUCUCAGGAGUGGUUUGCACCUGCCCGAUGUCUGCUGCUGGGAUCCAGACAUCCAUGCACCAGUGGCCUGCCUGGCUGUCAUCCCCUGGCCUAUUCACUCCUGAGGCUUACAGCCUCUCCCUGCUGGUUAAACUUUAGGGCUUGUGAAGGAGAAAGGUUCUGCCUUGGGAACAUGGAGGACAGAGCUUCAGCAGGACUGGAGAGGAGGUUGGGGUAAUUCCAGCAGUCUCUGCAUGCAAGGAGUCUCCUAGGUUCAGCCGUGUGUGUGUGUGUGUGUGUGUGUGUGUGUGAAUGAGUGGUGGCUGGCACCCUUGGGACUUUCUAUGUCUGUUGGGGGACUCUGCUCCAGUUCAAGCCCCCUGCCCCCACCUUGGCCCUGGUUACCAGGUUUCGCAGGAUGUACAUCUCAGAAGUCCCGGCAACCUCAACCUUCUCUGAAGCACCUGCCUGCCAGAGCCCUAACUCAGGUCGCAGCCGGAGUGCCAUAGUUUUGAGGUGUGAUCCCCAUGAAGCGCACUGAAGCUGGUUCUGGAUCUAUAACCACGUGAGAUUCCCGCUUGAUUCUUCCCUCAGCGAGAUUUUCCCCAUGUGCCAGAGCGCACAGCAAGGAUGGCAAAGACAGGCUGCAGAAACGUUCUUGGUCCACAUGUGGGGCACAGUUCAGGAAGUGUGCACCCCAAGAAGUAAAGAGGCAGUUGUGUUGUGGGUGUGUGGUCACCGAGGGAGCACCAAGGCUGAGGUGAAAUAGCAGCAAAAGCUGGGAUCUCCAGGCUCCCACAACCUCUCAAAAGCCUCUGGAAUUCCUGGUGUCAAUCAGCUCUCAGGACUGUGGCCUGCAGAGGGCUGAGGUGGGAAGGCGUGGCUCCUGGAGGCGGUUCACGUGGACACAGUCGUCCUGGGGG